UCCCUUUGCAUUGUUUUCCAUCACUUUUAUUUGACACUACUUCAGGCACCUGACGGAACUUGGAUCCUAAAAGGAAGUUAUAUUCCGGCCCGGAUUUUUAUGCGCGAUGCCAUGAUAGGGAGAGAGAGAGAGAAACAAAGAAGGAAAGAAGAAGAAUAAGAGCCUACAAUCUCUAGAAGCAGCGGGCUCGAUAUUUAAUUUUAAAGACAUCCUAUGCGCAUUAUCCUUUGAUACUUCCUUUCACCAAUAGUCUUUUAAGAGAUGACCAAGGGUACCAGUUCAUUCGGUAAGCGUCACACCAAGACUCACACUUUGUGUCGUCGUUGUGGCAACCGCUCUUUCCACAAGCAAAAGAAGACUUGCGCUCAAUGUGGUUAUCCUGCUGCCAAGACCAGAUCUUUCAACUGGUCUGAAAAGGGUAAGCGUAGAAAGACUACCGGUACUGGUCGUAUGGCUCACUUGAAGGAUGUCCAACGUCGUUUCAAGAAUGGUUUCCGUGAAGGUAUAAUGCAUAUGACAUAUACAGCUGCAGCUUGUAUUAAUUUCAUUAAAACAUAGGUACUCAAGCCAAGAAGCAAGCCACUGCUUAAUCAUCAUCAUAACAAUAAUAAUAAUAAAAAAACACCAUGAUUUUCAUUAUAAGACAAAGAAAAAAAAA